CCGAAAUUUAAAUCCAGGCCUCACUGCCUGGCUAACAAUUCCAAUUUGCCUACGAUCCAGUCCAGCGCGGCGUCCAGCUCAAAUUCUUUGAAAUUAGGCCCAGUCCCCCCUAACUGUCAAACGGAACAACGGGUUGUCAAACGCUUCCUCCCAAAGUGAACCCAAAGUGUGGAAGUUCACGAAGUUCACCAAGUAAAGUUGAUUUGUUUGUGCUUCGUUUCGACUCUAUUUAUCCAAUGGUGUGUCGCUUCAUUUAAUUGAGCCAAUUUUUGCAUCAUGGUGAGGUAGACAUUAAGGACACUAGUGAAUGACCUGAUGAUUAGAACGCGGAAGCAAAUAAUGCGGCUGUGUUUAUUUGUCUUUCUUCCGUUGCUUGCUCGUGGAAAUGAAUUGCUGGGACAUUUAGAGCCAUUAUUCUCACACGGUAAGAGACUGGAAGUGGAAGUGUACGAUGGAUUUCCAGCAGCGGAAGAAUUCUUCAAGAGAUUCGUGGACAAUGCAAAGCCAGUUCUGUUUCGCGGGGGAGCCAUGUUAUUCCCAGCUUACUCCUUGUGGAAUGACGAGUAUUUUCUUUCCUUUCCUGAAAGCGAGGAAAGUCUGGUGACAGUGGAAGUUGAGAAGAAAGAAAAUCGUUCAGCUCCUGGGGAAGACAUUCCAUUUGCAGACUUUGUUCGAGAAUUGCACUCGUCUGGGAAAUACAUGAUUAGCUCAGUGCCAGAAUUCCUCAGGUAUGAUGUGUUUGUUCCUCCUCCUAUUGCUUGUCAAGAUAUAGCACAAGGAAACCUUGUGCAAGAAAUGCUGUGGUUUAGCAGUGGAGGAACCAAGUCUGUUCUUCACAAUGAUCAUGCAGAAAACAUCAUGUGUGUAUUCAGGGGGACCAAGGAAUUCUUUUUGAUAGACAAGGAAUAUCAGGAACUGGUUAAUGUGACAGAGCGUGGGUAUUCUCAGGUAGAUGUUGACAGGGUUGACCUGUUCAAGUAUCCUGGACUCCACAAUAUAGAACAUCACUUUGCCUUCAUAGAACCUGGUGACUGUCUUUAUGUACCUUUUCUUUGGGUACAUCAUGUGCGAUCUAAUGAUGUGAAUAUAGCUGUUAAUAUCUGGUGGAGGCAUGGGGUGGAAGUGAACUUCAGUUACUGUGAUGCACAGCCAGGCAGAACAAUUAAAGAUUUGACAUUUAUUGGAUUUGGAGCUCUUCAUGAAGCCCAGGAGAAGUUGAUCAGAAACCGUUUAGUUCAGGCUGCCAAGCUAAGUCACAAUGACCUAACUCUUGAAGGACUUCAAGAUUUCUUCAUACAGCCGGAUGUUUUUGGACCUGGUGUGCAAUGGACUGAUGGCAUGCUUGAAGUUGUUAAAAAGCUGUUUAGUUUGAUGGACAAAUCACAAGAUGGCAAGAUAACGUUUAUUGAGCUGGACAGUUUACCUGCAGAGGAUUGGGAGAAGAUCCGUGUGCUAGUGACUGAUUUGACUGAACUAGUAAUGGCGCAAAACGACCAGGCAAUAGAACAAGAGGCUCAUUUCACAGAAGCGGAACAUUGGCAGGAAAAUGAAUCACAGAUACAUACGGAACUUUGAGAAGAACUAGAGAACAAGUUGUAUGUCUAGCG